AUGGAGCAGCACAGGUAUUAUUCAGACGACUUGGGCGAACGCCAGCCGCUCAGCUCAGGCGUCUUCUCAUCUUAUAGACCUCAGCAGCAGCAGUAUCGGCAGCCAUAUCCUCCUUACCACGACGCGUACAACUCUCAUUCCGAAACCUGGGCCCGAGCCCAUCCAGACACCGCGUUUGACGGUUUCCAAGGACAGACACACCAUAACGGCCGCGAAGCCUCGAAUCGAUUGGCCACUUCCCCAUACGCUGCAGCUGGUGGUGACCCCCCUAAACUAUCUCCACAUCGGGACCCGGAAGGUCACUACUGGGCUCACAACAGCCCAUACCCGCCCGCAACAGCACAGAGCUCUCCUUACGGAUAUCCUUCUUCUCAGCGCACAUUUGGUACCUCUCCCAGCUUCGGAAACGUUAGUAACAGUUUUGUGGCCGGAGCAAUGAGCAGCAGUGUUGCCAUGAACAGCUUCGAACACCAUCCGCGGCGCUCGGCGGAACAAGAUCAUGGCUCCGUCGACAGGGGGUUGCUGACACCAGGGGAAUAUCAUUCCGGGGAUAGAAAUUCACACGGUAGCAUGCAGGGGUUAGCUGCCACAGCCGCCCCCACAGGUCAAUCAACUCCAGGACAAAGAGCAUCCUUUUACACGGACGAUCCCUAUCAGAACCUCUCCCGACAUGUCGACUCCGACUUGGGUGUUGUGAACCCUCAAGACAUCGCAGACGACGGUGACGACGGACUCGAGUACGGCAGGAAAGGACCAAGGACGAGCAUGCUCAGCUUGGGAUCAAGCCGUGGAGCCGGCGCCAAUGCCGUUGGCGGUGCUGCGAGCAGCGGUAUGCUAAACUCCACCUCCGGCCGCAACGGGAGCGGAAGCGUUAACAACCAAUACGCGUCAAUUAACAACGCAGACGUCACAUCGGGGGGUUCUGGAAGUAUAUAUAAUGCCGGUGCUGCCAUUGGUGGUGCCGAAAAGGGCGAGUGGCAAGCUGAAGCCAUUCCUAAGAAGUCUAGGAGAUGGAGGUUGGUGGUCAUCUUCCUGUUGGGCGCCAUCGUGCUCGGUGCCAUCAUCGUCGGUAUUCUGCUCGGCGUCGUCUUCAAGAACAAGGACAAGAAUGCCAGCGCGUCAACAGAUGACAGCUCAUCUGGAAGCUCAGUGUCGACAGCAGAAGAAGACCUUGCAACCAAUGGUGAUCUGAACAAGAACUCGCCCGAGAUCAAGGCCCUUCUGAACAACCCCAACUUGCGCAAGGUGUUUCCCGGCAUCGACUAUACCCCGCUCAACACUCAAUAUCCAGAAUGCUUGACCUUCCCGCCCUCUCAGAACAAUAUCACUCGUGACAUGGCGGUCCUCUCGCAGCUUACCAAUGUCGUCCGACUUUACGGUACUGACUGCAACCAAACCGAGAUGGUUAUCCACGCUAUCGACCGGCUCGAGCUUAAGGGUACCGUCAAGAUCUGGCUCGGUGUUUGGCAGGACAACAACGCGACGACCAAUGAGCGCCAGCUGAACCAAAUGUGGAACAUCCUCGACAAGUAUGACCAUGAUUACUUCAAGGGCGUUAUUGUUGCCAACGAGAUUCUGUUUCGCGAGCAGAUGACCAUCUGGAGCUUGGGUCAGCUGCUUGAAGAGGUCCGUUUGAACAUGACUGGCAAAGGUUACUCCCUUCCGGUUGCCACUAGUGACCUCGGUGACCGUUGGGAUGCAACCCUCGCCAGCAAGAGCGAUGCUAUCAUGGCCAACAUUCACCCUUUCUUUGCUGGAGAGCCUGCGACUUCUGCGGCAAAAUGGACACGUACCUUCUGGAAGAACAAGGCUGGCGACUUCAUGAAGAAAGACAAGUCGAUGAAUAUCAUUGCCGAGACGGGGUGGCCCUCGCAAGGAGGUACUGGUUGUGGCAACGAAUUUGAGAUUUACUGCCCCCAAAAGGCAGUGGCCGGUAUAAAGGAAAUGAAUAUAUUUAUGGAGGAUUGGGUCUGUGAAGCGCUCGAGGAUGGCACAAAUUACUUCUGGUUCGAAGCUUUCGACGAGCCCUGGAAGGUCCGGUUUAAUACCGAGGGUAAAGAGUGGGAGGACCAUUGGGGUUUGUUUGAUGUCAACCGGAAUUUGAAGCCUGGUCUCAAGAUCCCAGAUUGUGGAGGGAAGCGGAUCUCAUAA